UUGCCGGGACGCGGGGCUCCUGCCGGGUGGCGGCCACGUCUUUCUCCAGCGUCUCCAUUCCCGAAGUGGGGUCUCGGUUUCUAGCUUCCGCGUGUCCUGGGGGCUGCUCCCGAUGCGCGCGGGUGGAGGCUCGUGUCGCGGGAGCGGACUGGGAAGGGCGAGCAGCUGGGAUGGAUGGGCUGUGGGUUGCAGCCGUGCUGGUGUGGAAAGUGACCUCGGAAAGGUUGGUUCAGGUCCAAGACAAGUUGUCUGUGGUCUGACAUACAUUGCCUGGAAUUUGACUGGACUGAGUUCAAGCAGGUGCAGAUGCAGUAAGCUGUGGAGUGGAGGCCAGACUUUCUACUGGAUAUGACUGAAGAUUUAAAAGACGAUGCCCUAUGGAAAUCCUGAUGACAUUUUGUGUACGGUGACAUGUUACAUGCUAUGGCAUCUGAGACUGAAAAGGCCCAUGCUCUUCUUCAAACUUUCAGCACAGCAUCAGUUAUUUCCAGUCUAGGACUAGGGCUUUUCUGUUUUGUAGCAGACCGACUUCAGCAGUUUUCUUAUAUUCAGCAAAAUGACUGGCUCCGAGCCCUCUCUGAUAAUGCAGCGCACAGUGUGGUGGGUAUGUGGUCCUGGGCAAUAGUGAUUGGACUCAGGAAGAAAAGUGAUUUUACUGAAGUCACUUUAGCUGGUUUCCUCUCUUCUGUCAUUGAUGUGGAUCACUUUUUUCUAGCUGGCUCUCUCUCACUCAAGGCUGCACUGACCCUUCCACAAAGACCAAUUCUUCAUUGUUCUACUGUGAUUCCUGUCAUGGCUCUUACUUUAAAGUUUAUUAUGCACCUUUUCAGGCUCAAGGACUCAUGGUGCUUUCUUCCUUGGAUGCUGUUUAUAUCCUGGACUUCUCACCAUGUUCGUGAUGGAAUUCGUCAUGGCCUGUGGAUCUGUCCAUUUGGAAAAACUGCUCCCUUGCCAUACUGGCUGUAUGUAGCAACUACUGCAUCUCUACCACAUCUGUGUUCAUUUAUUAUGUAUUUAACAGGUACCAGAGAGCUGAUGUCUAUAAAACAUGGAAUUCACAUUGAUGUCUAAGAAUGAUGGUCCUUGGGCGCUUACAGUGAGGUGUAUGUAUCAGUAAAAUGGAUCCCUGCACAUUCUUCACGACUUCAAGGUUAGGUAGCCUGAAGCUACAGCUCCAGUAUGGAUAUGUUAUAGUUACAGAAAAAGCUAAUGUACAAAUGGUAGUAAUAUCCAGGCAUCCUCUUCAUAAAAUUGGUAAUCUUGCUGCUGGUUCCUUCAUAAUUUCUAAAAUGAUUGGUCAUUCUUAAAUAGCUACAUUUUGUUUCUUCUGCUUCUACACUGCAAUAUUAUAGUGCUCUUCCUCUGAUCAUCCUCCACUUUUGAAAUUGUGCUCUCUUUCAGCAUUCCACUUUCGUUCUAGAAUUAGAUGACAUUUGUACAGCACUUUCAAGAUGUAAAGCACUCUCAAAAUGUUAUGUUCAUAAAAAUUCAGUUCUAAGGAAUGGAAUGUCCAAUUGCUAGGUUUUUAACCUUGUUCAUUUGCUUUAUUUGAAUCAAACUUUGUUGUGUUCAGCUAAUUAAAAUAAUAAUGCAGCUUGUAUUUCAAGAUGUACUACUGAUUAUCUGAAAACACUGUUAAGUUUGGACGAUAACCACUGAUUAUUACAAUAUUUAUUCUAAGCUCUGCUCUAGUCUAGUCUAGUCUAGUUACCCAACUGUUCAGUUCCUAAACAAAUCCUGGCUAACAGUUGUAUUUAGAAAAGAGAGAAAAAAGUAUUCAAGAGUAUUAAGUGAUUAUAAAAGUGUUCAUUAUACGAAUAAAUUUUAAGAAUGUUAGUUUUUUUAAUUAAAGGAUUUUACCUAAUAUUUAAGCAGACUGUGUUUGAAGCUAAAUCUGUUUGCUACAAUAAAAUAUGAGCUUUAAAAAUGUUUUAGUAAAGUCAUAAUAAAAUGAAAAUGGGAAAUGCACCGCUGUAUUAAGAGUUUACCCCACUGUGUUUGCUACGGUAGCCAUAAUGAUCAUAUUUCCAUCUUUAGCUACAGCUCCUCACAUUACUGAUGUGUAAUUACUUUGCCCACAUAAAAAAAAAAUAUCUUCCUAAAAUGAACGUUCCCUUUCCUUGUAACAAUGUAUUUAGUAGAAUUCACAGAUUUGUUGGAAUCUGAUAGGACCACGGCGUGAGUGCUUCUGCUGUGAUGUCCUCAAACUUGCAACUUCUGGGCUGUCAACUGUGCACCUGAGCACCUGCACCACCUCAGCCCCCUUAAGCAAGAACUCACGAACAUGUUAGGUAUCCUUAUACCAUAAGCUAUUCAAAAUGACCCUUCCUUUUAGAAAAAUCUUACAGGAAAUCCCUCAAGCUUAGUUGUUUUCAGUUGCUUUGCAUUAUAAGCAGAGAAAUAUUUAUAUAAACCAACAGCUUUCAGUUAAUCGCAUAGAAACAAGAAGCCAGGUUCUAAACUUCUGUAAAACUGAUUUCAACUAGAGUGAUAUCAACUUACAGCACCUGAAAAUUUGACAUGAGAUGUUACCUUUGUGAAAGAGUAGUUGUAAAGUUGGAUUUGUUUAGAAUAAUAGUAACACAGUACAUAAUGAGUAAAGGUACAUUUUUCAUAUUUUAUAUAUUUUAGGGCUUUCUAAAAGUUCCACUUUGCAGCUGCUAGCUCAUUGGGCUCAGGAAAUCUUGCGUUCAUUGCUGCUGUGAAGGUUGCCCCUUAUUUUGAAGUGUCAAUAUCCUCUCACUUUCUCUCAGAAACAAAGACUGAGCCUUACUUGAUUGUUAUAUAUAGUAUUUGGGCGUAAGAGAAUAAUUUUGACCUAUGAGCUUGUAAAGUGAGUGCCUUGUUUAGAAAGAAAAUGUGAAGGCACAGGAAGGCCUGAAAAGAUUAAGCUUCUUUUGAAGCAGUUAAGUUCUUUCUCAUUUACAGCCAGUAAAUCCUGUGCAGAAACCAGCACUCCCAACUAUUUUAGUUAGAUGAUUCUUUAGGGGAAGAAUUAGAUAGCCACCCUACUUCUACAAAUGUUAAUAAACAAAAAGCUGUAACUCAUUGGGAAACUAAGCAUCUAUUUGUUUUCUCCUCUUAAAGUUUUUUUUAAUGUUACAGACUACCAAAUAUCAGUAAUUUAAAUCUAUGCAUAAGUAAUGAAAACUUGAAUGAGAAAAUCUAUGUAGAAGCUUUCUGCUCUUGCUUCUCAGUACAGAUAUUUGUACAUUUAUAAUAAGUCUGAAUAUAAUGCACAGAAGUAAAACAGGCUUUCUAUAAAAACAUUAAAGGAAAUAAAGUUUUAGAGAAAAUUACAUUUUGGGCAGAAUUAAAACAUUUUUGUGCAAAACACAUUCCUGCCAAUUUUCCUUAAAGAAGCAGUACUGUUAAAAAGUCUGGGUUUCUAUUCAGUCUUUCUAGCAAAGGUGUCAUUCAGUCUAAACAUAGUCAUUUUAAGAUCAGUAUUUAUAAAACAUUUGUCUUCAAAUGUCUUAAAGGUCUUGCUGGACCUUUACCUACAUAAAUUAGAACAGCAAUUCAAGUCUGAUAUAAAAAGUUUUUGUUUUAUUCUAUUCUGUUUGUUCUUGUACUGUCCCUCAUCAUGCCAGGUGAUGAGCCACUGUCAGAAGCGAAUUAAGCAAAGUAACUGACAUCUGUCACUGGUGGCAGAUUUAAAAGAAAAUUUUAUUUUAACUUAAAUUUUAAGUUUAAGACUUGCAGUGUUUGUUUACAUUACCACCAGAGUCGAUUAAAUAAAGUAACAAACACAUCAUAAAAGGAGCCUUCUGUCAAGAGAAACUAAUUGAGCCAAGCUAUAGCCUUCCUUUUAAGCCAACUACAUGCAUGGAGAGCCAAACUGUAUGGUGUUACUUAAUCUUGGAUUUCAACUCAUGUAAUGAAGAGGGAAUUUGGCUUUACAAGCCCAAAUCAUAUUCCUUCUUCAGAUAUAUUUUGUGCUGAAAAUUCAAAGGCAGUUUUGUCACAUUAAUAUGUUGUGAAUUAGUCCCUGAAAUGUUUUGCAAGAUUCUUUCCCACUCACUCCUUUGCCUUAUUUAUUGCUCUCCACAAAAUCCUCUUUUGUCUUUGCUUCCUUUGUAUGAAGGAAAUUUGUAAUUAUAGGAAUUUCUUUUAAGAUUUAUGUGGCACCUGUCAGUUUUGUCUUCAAAUUAUGUUUUCAUUUGGACCAUAAGAGUGGACACUGUACUGUAAAAACACUUUUUAUUUUAUCAUCAUAUUAAAUUAACAUUAAACUGAUUGAAAAAAGUAA